AUGGCAGCCGCCGCCGCCGCGUCUGCUGCGCUCGAUCCGAGCAACGGCACGAAAAACACCUUGAAAUUGGAAAAUACCGAGAAGCGCGACUCUCUGAUCGCAAUUGAGAAGAAAUACCAGGCGCAAUGGAAGAAGGACAAGGUCUUCGAGGUCGACGCCCCCUCCUUCGACGAGGUGCCCCAGGGCUCCAUGUCCGCCGCCGAGCUGCGUGAGAAGCACCCCAAAUUCUUCGGUACUAUGGCCUACCCCUACAUGAACGGUACUCUCCACGCCGGUCACAGUUUCACUGCCAGCAAGGUCGAGUUCAUGACCGGUUUUGCCCGCAUGGAGGGCAAGCGUGCCCUCUUCCCCCUCGGUUUCCACUGCACUGGUAUGCCCAUCAAAGCCUGUGCCGAUAAGUUGCGUGACGAGGUGAAGUGGUUCGGUCAAAACUUUGAGGGCUACAAGGAGGCAGAGGAGGCUGCCACUCCUGCAGCGCCUACCCAGGAGUCCAAGCCGGAGGUCAAGGAGCAGGCCGAGAAGUUCUCUGGAAAGAAGAGCAAGGCUGCUGCCAAGACCGUAAAGAUGAAGUACCAGUUCCAGAUCAUGCUGGCUAUUGGUGUCCCUCUCGAGGAUAUUCACAAGUUCGCUGAUGCCAACCACUGGCUCCACCACUUCCCUCCUCUCGCCAUCCGUGAUCUCGACAGCAUGGGUGCUCGUGUCGACUGGCGCAGACAGUUCGUUACUACUGACGCCAACCCUUACUACGAUGCCUUCGUUCGCUGGCAGAUGAACCGCCUCCACGAGCUGGGCAAGAUUAUGUACGGUAGUCGUUACACCAUCUACUCGCCUAAGGAUGGCCAGCCCUGCAUGGACCACGACCGCACUGAGGGUGAGGGUGUUGGACCCCAGGAGUACACUGCCCUUAAGCUCCAGGUCAAAGAGUGGUCUCCCAAGUUGGCUGAGGCCAUCAAGGGUAAGAUUGAGGAUGACGCCAAGGUCUACUUUGUUCCCGCUACUCUGCGUCCCGAGACCAUGUACGGCCAGACCAACUGCUUUGUUGGUCCUAAGAUCAAAUAUGGAUUGUUCAAGCUGAAAGAGAAGGAGUACAUUGUUGUGACCAAGCGUGCUGCCUGGAACAUGGCUUUCCAAGGUCACUUCUUUGACAAUGAUAACUUCCCCAAGACCCAGGACCAGCUGCCUAUGGUCUAUGAGGCUCCUGGCUCUGACUUCGGUGUCUACAUUCUGCCCAUGGAGAGUGUCUCUGCUUCCAAGGGUACGGGUGUUGUGACUUCCGUCCCCUCAGACAGCCCCGACGACUAUGCUACUCUGAUGGAUCUGCAGAAGAAGGCCGAUUUCUACGGCAUCAAGAAAGAGUGGGCCGAGAAGGAGAUUCACCCUUUGAUUGAUACUCCCACCUACGGCAACCUGACUGCACCUACCCUGGUCAAGCAGCUGAAGAUCAACUCUCCUAAGGACGUGACCCAGCUUGCUCAGGCCAAGGACCUCGCCUACAUGGAGGGUUUCUACAAGGGCACCAUGCUGGUUGGCGAGUUCAAGGGCGAGCCUGUGAGCGAGGCUAAGGACAAGGUUCGCAAGUCCCUUUACGACAGCGGCGAUGCCUUCCCCUUCGCCGACCCUAUGGGCAAGGUUGUCAGCCGCAGUGGAGAUGACUGCGUUGUCGCCUACCUCGGUCAAUGGUUCUUGAACUACGGCGAGAACGACGCUAAGUGGCAGGCUGAUACCCUGAACCACGUUGUCAACGACCUCAACACUUACUCGCCUGAGGCCCAGCACGGUUUCGAGAAGAACUUGUCCUGGCUCAACCGCUGGGCUUGUGCCCGUACUUACGGUCUGGGAUCUCAGCUUCCCUGGGACAAGCAGUUCCUGGUUGAGUCUCUGUCCGACAGCACUGUCUACAUGGCCUACUACACCAUUGCCCACCUUCUGCACGGUGACCGCUACGGAAAGACUGUCGGUUCCCUGAACGUGACUGCUGAACAGAUGACGGAUGAAGUCUGGGACUACGUUUUCUGCCGUCGGGAAAUCAGCGAUGAGCUUGUUUCUAAGACUGGUAUCAGCAAGGAGGCUCUGCAGAAGAUGCGCCGCGAGUUUGAGUACUGGUACCCGCUGGAUGUCCGUGUCUCCGGCAAGGACCUGAUCCAGAACCACUUGACCUUCUUCCUGUACAUUCACGUCGCUCUCUUCCCCAAGGAGUACUGGCCCCGUGGUAUCCGUGCCAACGGCCACUUGCUGUUGAACGGAGAGAAGAUGAGUAAAAGUACUGGUAACUUCCUCACUCUGAAGGAUUCCGUCGACAAGUUUGGCGCCGACGCUACCCGUAUCGCUUUCGCCGAUGCCGGUGACAGCAUUGAGGAUGCCAACUUCGAGGAGUCUGUUGCCAACAGCAACAUUCUGCGUCUGUACACUCUCAAGGAUUGGAUUGAGGAGAUCUCCAAAGACGAGACUCUCCGCACCGGCCCUGCUGAUGCCUUCGCCGACCAGCUUUUUGACAACGAGCUCAACGCUCUGGUCCGCGAAACCCAGAAGCACUACCGCGACACUGAUUUCAAGCUUGCCCUGAAGUCUGGUCUCUACGACUUCACAAGUGCCCGCGACAGCUACCGUGAGAUGGCCACUGCCGCCGGUGUUGGUAUGCACAAGGACGUUGUUGGGCGCUACAUCGAGCUGCAGGCUCUCAUGCUUGCCCCUAUUGCUCCUCACUGGGCCGAAUACGUCUGGCUUGAGGUUCUCAAGAAGAACUCGUCCAUCCACCACGCCAAGUUCCCCACUGUGCCCGAGUCCUCGCCCGAGUUGACUGCUGCCCAGCAAUACGUCCGCGGCACCUCCUCGAGCAUUCUCUCUUCCGAGGCCAUGUUCGUCAAGCGCCUGUCCAAGGGAAAGACCGUGAACUUCAACCCCCGCGACCCCAAGAAGCUCACCAUCUACGCCGCCAAGAAGUUCCCCGCUUGGCAGGAGAAGUACAUCGACCUCGUCCGUGAGGCCUUCGACGGCCUCAACCUCACCUUCAAUGACAAGGAGCUCAACGGCAAGGUCGGCAAGCUUGGCGAGAUGAAGAAGGCCAUGCCCUUUGUUCAGACUCUCAAGCGUCGUCUGGUGCAGGCCCGUGAGGACCCCUCGACAGUCUUUGAGCGCAAGCUGCCCUUUGAUGAGUUCGCUGUCCUCGCUAAGAUGGUCGAUGGUCUGAAGCGCACUGCUGGAUACAAGGAGGUUGAGAUCGUCGCCCUUGACGAGGGCGGUAAGUCUGGCGAGGUUGUUGGUACUGGUGAGAAGCGGGAGGGUCUCUCGGCUGAGAAUGCAGUCCCUGGAAACCCUACCUUCCAGUUCUCCAACGUUGCUGCUUAG